CAUGAACUGUUGCUUCAACAGAAAUCUGUCUGUUUCUCCUUGAAAGCCGUGUCUCUCUCUCUCUAAACAGCGUGGCCACUCGUCACCCUCUUCAUUCCUUUUUGGCUCUUAGCAUAACCAUUCACAUUCUCAAUAGACUCAAAAUAAAAAGAAAUCGAGUUAAGCCUUGAUGUUCUAUUCUAAAAUCCAUUGCUCAAUGCUUAGUGUCUUUCAUAAAGCUUGUCUUCAAAGUAGAUAAUACUAUGUGUCACUUGGUCCUUCACUCUCCAGGUCCCAAGGGAUAUAUUGUAAGAGCUCAAACGAGGUCUACCUGGUCCACCUUUUCUGCAUCUUAUUUGCAUCGACAUUAUUCUAAUGUAUCAUAUGCCUAUAACAAAUCCAUUCAUAUUUCAUCAGUUUCUUUGCAUCACAAGAUAAACCAUCCAUCUUCUGGAACAAAUGGUUUCUGCAAAAGUACACCUUUUUCAUCUUCUUGCAGUGGAAAAGGAAUUUGUAUCUUAAAGCACCGGAAGUCUUUGAGGUGUAGGUUUCAGAUAUAUGCAUCAGUUGAUGUUGCAAGUGCUGUUGAUGUUAUCAAUGACCUCGGGUUGGACACUUUGACAUUCUUAGCUGUGACUGUACUGGUUGUUCCUGCCUUAAAGACCAUAAAAACUAGCCCUAUACUUGGUUUUUUCUUUGCUGGAGUUGUGCUCAAUCAAUUUGGGCUGAUCAGAAACAUCACAGAUGUUAAAGUUCUUUCAGAGUGGGGGAUUCUUUUCUUGCUUUUUGAAAUGGGAUUGGAGCUUUCACUUGCACGCUUGAAAGCUCUUGCAAAGUUCGCUUUUGGCAUGGGACUGACUCAGGUUGUAUUAUCAACUCUAGCAUUUACAUCUUUCGAGCUUCCACCUAAUGAUGCUAUUGGGACAAGGAUUCUGGAGUUUCUUUUUCACUCAAGGCCUGAUCUGGUGAAUAUUAGAAGUGUUGAUGAGGCUGUAGUGAUUGGUGCCGCUCUCUCAUUGUCUUCUUCAGCUUUUGUUCUGCAGAUUCUUGCAGAGAAGGGUGAGCUUCCAACUAGAUUUGGCUCGGCUACAUUGGGAAUACUUCUUCUUCAGGACAUUGCUGUUGUGCCUCUUUUAGUCAUUCUACCAGUGCUGGAGACUCAGAAUCUGAUAGAAGAAAGUAUUUUGCCAAUGCUUGUAAAAGAAAGUCUGAAGGCUUUAGGUGGACUGGGGUUGCUUUCUCUUGGAGGGAAGUACAUAUGGAGGCGAGUUUUUGAGGUUGUUGCAGAAACGAGAAGUUCGGAAGCUUUUGUUGCACUGUGCCUUUUGACUGUUGCAGGAACAUCACUAUUAACGCAGAAGUUGGGCUUUAGUGACACGCUUGGAGCCUUUUUAGCUGGGGCUCUGCUAGCAGAAACAAAUUUCCGUACCCAGAUUGAAGCGGAUAUAAGGCCAUUUAGAGGAUUACUUCUUGGUUUAUUUUUUGUGACUACCGGAACUUCUAUUGAUAUGCAGCUUCUUUUCCGGGAGUGGCCAAAUGUGCUUUCCCUCUUGGCUGGUCUGAUUGUUAUCAAGACAUUGAUCAUAACCGUCAUAGGUCCCCGAGUCGGACUAUCCCUUCAGGAGAGUGUGAGAAUUGGAUUUCUUCUUUCUCAAGGAGGAGAAUUUGGAUUUGUGGUCUUUUCCUUAGCGAACAGGCUAGGGGUGCUGCCACUCGAGCUGAAUAAAUUACUUAUCAUUGUUGUUGUACUGUCUAUGGCACUGACUCCACUACUCAAUGAAAUUGGACGAAAAGCUUCUGAGUUUAUUGGCGAGAAGUUUGACAAUGAGGAUAGAACUGCUGAAAUGGCAAACUUUGAUGUGAGAGAACCAGUAGUUAUCCUUGGAUUUGGCCAAAUGGGUCAGGUCCUUGCCAAUUUGUUAUCAGCACCACUAGCUUCGAGUGACGGGGAAGAGUGGCGAUACGUUGCUUUUGAUCUAGAUCCUUCUGUUGUAAAGGCAUCUACAAAACUUGGUUUUCCUGUUCUCUAUGGUGACGGUUCAAGUCCUGCAGUCUUGCAGUCUGCUGGUAUAUCUUCUCCAAAAGCAGUCAUGGUCAUGUACAGAGGAAAAGAAAGGACCACAAAAGCAGUUCAAAGACUUCGACUAGCCUUUCCAGCGGUACCAAUAUAUGCAAGAGCUCAGGAUGUGAUGCAUUUAUUAGAUCUGAAGAAAGUAGGAGCAACGGAUGCCAUUCUUGAAAGUGCGGAGACAAGUUUACAGCUUGGCUCUAAACUUCUAAAAGGGUUUGGUGUCAUGUCUGAUGAUGUAACUUUUCUAAGUCAACUUGUUAGAGAUUCUAUGGAGCUGCAAGCGCAAGAGGUUGUUGAUAAAUCUGAUGAUCAAGUAUCUAAAGUUAUGAAACCAUUGCAGGUAAGAGUUGCAGACUUUGUCCAGAAUGGGACACCCACGCUGCCAACCAGAAUAAAUGACACAACACAGGAUUUAAGGGGUAAAAGUUGCAGUUUGGCUGCAGCUGAUCAGUCAUCUGAUGAUGACGAGAGCCAUCCAUCUCAUGCUCUAGAAAAUGGAGAACAACUGUUUGAGGAGGCUGAUAUGGAGAAUGCAUUUCCAGCUAACUUGAAAAGUGAUACAGACGAGAUCUCUCAGCAAACUUAGGGUGCUCAGCUGGUUCUGCUACAGGUCCUGGCUUAAGACUGCCAUCCUUUUCUUGAUUCAAAUUUUUGACGGUUGCAUUAUUGAUGUUUGACUAAGGACGAGACACGAGCAUGAUAGGAAAUUGGCAUAAAAAUUGAAGAUUUCUUAGUGAUCAUAUAUUGUACAUAGUCGAGUUUAUGGGACUGGGCGUUAGCUAGAUUUUAUUCACCUAUCCAAAAAAGAAGAUAAAUUCAGUUAGAUUUUUAUAGUCGCAUCUGAAAACAAGAAAAGUCAUCGGUUUAUUCAAAGAAUAAAAGAUGAAGAUUAUUUUUUGUCAAA